AUGGCUUUUCGCGGUUCAACCAUUAUUCCUCAUAGAAGUGAUUUGGGUGCUUAUAAUUUAAAUACCAUUUAUAAUCUCUUCGGUUCGUAUGAUCAACAUAAGUACGGUUCUCAUUCAGGAAUAGCCAGUCAAGGUCAUUAUUCGGGUCCUGUUCACUAUCGUUCACCACGUGUACAUUUAUUCUCACCAUUUGAUUCUAGUUUUCGUCAUUAUCGAUGGUAA